AUGCCUGCACCGGGCAGCGUCCUGCUCUUCGCCGCCGCGCUGGCGCUGGCGGCCGCGCAGCGGAGCCACCGGCCCGCGCAGCCAGAUCCUGUUCUGCAGUAUUCCAGCAAUGACAUUGUUCAUCCAAUCAAGAUUGACGAGAGUGGAUCAUUCCUGUCAUAUGAUUUGUCUCACCGAGCAAUUCAUAAAAGGUCUCUUUCCUCCAGGAACAAUAUUCUCGCCUUUUAUGAACUGCAUUACAAAGGACAAGCCCUGAAAUUCAACUUAAGCCUUAAUAACAAUCUCCUUGCACCUGGGUUUGUUAGCGAGAGACGGUACGGGGGAAUCACUAACGCCAAGAUCCGAUCUCACAGUUACAACUCUUGCCAUAUGAUUGGGGAGGUUCAGAGCCAGACACUGAAAGGUGGUCUGGCAGCACUCAGCACAUGUGAUGGACUGAAAGGCGUGUUUCAGCUCGUGAAUGAAGAUUAUUUCAUUGAACCACUAGCUGCGGAUUUUCGCAAGGAUGGCACAGCUCAGCCCCACAGAAUAUAUAAACGCCAUACUCCAGAGCACAACUCACAGGGACUGGCGAUGGAAGCUAGGGGAGUGCAAGACAGAAAGGAGCCAGCUGUGUGGAAAACAUGUGGCGUUCAAGAAUCUCAGAAAAGCCUGGAGAAGUCUGAGAAGCGGAGGGAAAGAUGGGAACAGAAACAGCGGAGAAAGAGAAGAAUAAAGCAACGCUCCAUCAGCAAGGAGAAGUGGGUGGAAACCUUGGUGGUAGCAGACACCAAGAUGGUAGAAUACCAUGGGAGUGAGAAUAUAGAAAAGUACGUGCUGACUGUAAUGAAUAUGGUGGCAGGUUUGUUCCACCAUGCCAGUAUUGGGAACCCCAUCAACAUUGCUAUAGUGCGACUCAUCCUGCUAGAAGAUGAGGAGGAGGAUCUGAAGAUUUCCCACCAUGCAGACAACACCUUGAAAAGUUUUUGCAAAUGGCAGAAAAAUAUCAACAUUAAAGGAGAUUCCCAUCCACUGCAUCAUGAUGUCGCAGUCCUACUUACAAGGAAAGACAUCUGUGCAGCAAUGAACAGACCCUGUGAGACUCUGGGUCUGUCUCAUGUGGCAGGAAUGUGCCAGCCCCACCGAAGCUGUAAUAUAAAUGAGGACACGGGACUUCCCCUGGCAUUCACUGUGGCCCAUGAGCUCGGACACAGUUUUGGGAUUCAGCAUGAUGGAAGCAGCAAUGACUGUGAGCCAGUUGGGAAAAGACCUUUCAUCAUGUCUCCACAGCUCCUGUAUGAUACGUCCCCACUCACCUGGUCCCGCUGCAGCAGGGAGUACAUCACACGAUUCCUUGACCGGGGCUGGGGGCUGUGCCUGGACGACCCACCUGCCCAAGAAGUGCUGGACUACCCUUUGGUGCCCCCAGGCGUCCUCUACGAUGUCAGUCACCAGUGCCGGCUGCAGUACGGUGCCUACUCCACCUUCUGCGACGACAUGGAUAGUGUCUGCAAUACGCUGUGGUGCACGGUGGGGAAUACGUGCCAUUCCAAGCUGGAUGCUGCUGUUGAUGGUACAACAUGCGGAGACAACAAGUGGUGCUUCAAUGGAGAGUGUGUGCAGGUGGGUUACCGUCCUGAUGCUAUUGAUGGCAGCUGGGGAUCCUGGAGUUCCUGGUCGUCUUGUUCACGGACCUGUGGUGCUGGCGUGCAGAACGCAGAAAGGCAGUGCAACAACCCCACGCCAAAGUAUGGGGGUAGAUACUGCCUUGGAGAACGAAAGCGGUUCCGAAUUUGCAACAUUAAACCAUGUCCCCGCAACAAGCCAUCCUUCCGCCAGAUCCAGUGCAGCCAGUUUAAUCCGAUGCUCUAUAAAGGAAAACUAUACAAGUGGACGCCAGUGCCAAACAACAUUAAUCCAUGUGAGCUGCACUGCCGGCCAGAAGAUGAGUACUUUGCAGAAAAGCUGCGGGAUGCUGUCAUCGAUGGGACCCCAUGUUAUGAAAUGAAUACAAGCCGGGACAUGUGCAUCAAUGGAAUCUGUAAGAAUGUGGGCUGUGACUAUGAGAUUGACUCCAACGCGGUUGAGGACCGGUGUGGCGUGUGUCACGGCAACGGCUCCACCUGCCAGACUGUGAAGAAGAUGUUCGAGGACAGCGAGGGGCUGGGGUAUGUUGAUAUUGGGAUUAUACCAGCUGGAGCCCGAGAGAUUAGGAUUGAAGAAGUUGCAGAAGCUGGAAAUUUUCUGGCCCUGCGGAGCGAAGACCCAGAGAAGUAUUUCCUGAAUGGUGGCUGGACCAUCCAGUGGAAUGGGGAUUACAGAGUGGCUGGGACCACCUUUACCUAUGCAAGGACAGGAAACUGGGAGAACCUCACAUCGCCAGGGCCCACUGCGGAGCCCGUGUGGAUCCAGCUAUUGUUUCAGGAAACGAACCCAGGCGUCCGCUACCAGUACACCAUCCAAAGGGAGUCGGAGAGCGAGAACGAGAUUCAGCAGGCAGAGUUCCUCUGGCGCUAUGGCUCCUGGACAAAGUGCACUGCUACUUGCGGCACGGGGGUCCAGAGACAGAUAGUGCACUGUGUGGAAAAGCUGGCCGGGAUUGUGGAGGAGAGGUACUGCGAUGCGCUGACCCGGCCCGACGACCAGCAGCGGACAUGCAGCGAGGAGCCCUGCCCAGCCAGAUGGUGGGUUGGCGAAUGGCAAAAAUGUUCUGCCACAUGUGGCAAGUCAGGGCUUAUGAAGAGGACAGUGCUUUGCAUCCAAAGUGUGGGAAUGGAUGAGCAGAGGGCUUUGCAGCAAGCAGAUUGUCAGCACCUCUCCAAGCCAGAAGCCACCGCUCCCUGUCACAGGGAGGUCCCCUGUCCCUCUCAGUGGGCCACUGGGGACUGGUCAGAGUGCUCAGUGACAUGCGGAAAUGGAACCCAAAGGCGCCCUGUUUAUUGCAGCAACAAUACUGAAGCAACUUGCGAUCUUGCAGAAAGACCGAUCUCGGAAACUAUUUGCUCUUUGCAACAGUGCCAGAAGAAAUUAGAAAACACCAACACUGACUGGUCUGGCAGUGGGUCUUCCAGCAGAGAAAUAUUUAAUGAAAUACAUUACAUUCCCAAUAACCAUAUUUCUAAAUUUAACCCCUUUAUUCCAAAUAUUCCAGAGCCCAAUGAUGUCAAUAUCAUAACUGAGGAGGACUUUUCAUCCAGGAAGGGAAAUGUCUUUGUUGACGAUUUUUACUAUGAUUAUAAUUUUAUCAAUUUUCACGAGGAUCUGUCUUAUAAUCCCUUUGUUGAGAAAGACACCAAAAGUGAAGGGCCUAAGCCAGACCUGAGCACCAGUAACGUGGAGGAUUCUUGGGAGAUACCUGAUGAUGAUCUGCACACCAUAAAACCAGGAGGAGGAGCAAUGGAAGAAAAUCCAGUAACCAGUGAAGCAAAUGCUUCUGCUGCUCUGCACGACAAAGAAGAGAAGGAGCCUGGGGGUCUAGUCAUUAAUGACCUCCCUAGUGUGGCCCCAGAGCAUGAGGUUAUCAGGACGGCUGCUCCUGCUAAUGCACUUCCUUAUGGCACAAGUGAUGAGAGGAAAGAAAUACUUAGGCCCUCCUCUGAAGACCACCCAUCCAUCCAGAAUGUGAAACCACAUGACUCUAUAAACAACCGCAGUAAUCUGCCCCCUGAUAACUCCCAAAGAGCCGUGCUGACAAAGACUGUUUCUAAACAGGACUCUUCAGCCAGUGGCCUCCCCACCUCGUCUCCUUAUUUGGCCAUUCCCACCCCGCUGGUGCCUGCUGACAGGGAGAGUGCUGGGAGGGAUGAUGCACAUGGUGGUUUCAAACGUAAGAGUGAGCUUGGGAGCAAAGAGGAAGAUCAUAAAAGUACGGAAGUUCCUGAUGACGCUGGCAGUAAAGAGUACAACUUGGCUGGCACUGCUUGGACAGGCCAUGAAAACUCAAAUGAAAAGGUUUUUUUCGUCAUUAGUGACGAUAACGAUGCUACUCCCAAUCCCAGAGAGCAGGAAGCAUGGGCAGAGACAACAACAGGAGGGGAGACUGCAAGCAUGCACACAGCACUGGAGACCAAAGAGCUGUCACAGCCUACAGAGAAGGCAGAACUUUCCCCCACCACACAGAGACCUGAGCAGGAGAUGGGAAAACGUAGCGAAGAGACUGAUCCCGGUGCCAGUCCCUCUCAUUCAGGCAGCAGCGAGCCAGGAGCUAACAGAGUCCCCACAGCAGAGCUGGACCCCCAGCAAGAGUAUCACAAUGCCGUUUCGGUAACCUCUGCCACAAUGGCCUUUCCACCACCAGUGUCCUUGCCUCCCCACGUGCCAGGGCCAUCUACCCAGCUCACAUCCGGUGGUCUGACUCAGCAAGGUGCCCUGACACCAGUUGUGCCAGUGUCCUCAUAUCUGAGCCUGACUGCUCACCCAGCAGCAAUACCACCCUCUGCGUUAACCCCAGUGUGGUGGACUGAGAUGGGACCAAAUGAUAUGAAGAUGACCUACUACAUGGAGUCUGUGUCUCUUAGUGCACACCAGACCUCUAGCAUGGUCCAGCUCAGCAGUGCUGCUUCAGGGCAGCACUCACUAUGGGGAACCCCAAGGACACUUGAUUAUGGUGAUGGGAAACAUGAGUUAUCCCAGCCCACCCCCCAACUCUUGCGGCACUUGGAGAAGGAAAAGAUGGAGAUAGAUGAUUCCUUGCUUCUGCCAUCGACUGCUGUAGCAGCCACUGCAAUGCCCAGCUGGGAGGUUGGGAACUGGAGUGAGUGCUCUGCCACCUGCGGCAUGGGUGCAGUCUGGAGAGCCGUGCAUUGCAGCACAGGCAACAGCGAAGACUGUGUUGCUGCAAAUAAGCCUGUCCCUGCUCGAAGAUGUUCCCUGAGACCAUGUUCAUCGUGGCAUGUGGGGAACUGGAGUAAGUGCUCCAAGAACUGCGGAGGGGGGCUGAAGGUGCGGGACGUGCAUUGCAUCGACACCAGAGAUCAGCGGCUUCUGCGGCCCUUUCACUGUCAGGCUGUCCUCUACAAACCACCAGCACAGACUCCCUGCCAAAGCAAGCCUUGCCUGGACUGGUACACAUCCUCCUGGAGAGAGUGCUCUGAGUCAUGUGGUGGAGGAGAGCAGGAGCGCUUGGUGACGUGCCCGGAGCUGGGACGGUGUGAUGAAAUGUUACGGCCAAACAACACGAGGCCUUGCAACACUCAUCCAUGCACCAAAUGGGUGGUUGGAUCUUGGGGACAGUGCACGGCGACCUGCGGUGGAGGCAUCCAGCAGCGUCAGGUAAAGUGUAUCAACACCAAGACGGGGGCAGCAGAGGAGGACAGCAGUCUCUGUGACCAUGAGCCGUGGCCUGAGAACACCCAAAAGUGCAACCCGCAGGACUGUGAAAACACCGAGUUGAGCCUCGUCUGCCAGCGCGACCGCCUGACCUUCACUUUCUGCCAGACGCUGCGGCUCCUGGGAAGAUGCCAGCUCGCCACGGUGCGCGCGCAGUGCUGCCGCACGUGCCGCCCGCCCGGCCCCAGCCCGCGGGAGCGGGGCGACCAGCGCGCUUCCAGGAGGUGAGGCGCUCGCCGCGGCGGGGCCGC